AUGGCUGUACUUAACGCUGGACGCUACUCAUUCACAACACCUCAUGGAAAGACGAUUGGUGCCAUUGUCGUAGGCGGUUGUCUGCUCUCAUACUAUGCCUUGGUGAACGUCAACGAAGAAGCACGAUUGAGAGAGCCACCGAAACCACCGGGCCGUCACGAUUAUACCUCGACUGACGCUGUUUAUGCCGUUACCUAUCCAGCCAAAAACGCCAAUGUUAAAGGUGCUCAACCGAGCGCGUCGAAAUUUGUCUAA